GCGCGAUAUUUUAAAAUAAAAAAUAUUAAAACAAUAAACAAACUAGUUGGUUUUGUUGUUGUAUCAUACAAAUAGAAAAUUAAGAUGGUUAUUGUUACCAGAAGUGCAUAUAAAAAGGCGAGUGAGAGCCUUAGCAGUAGCGACAUUUCAUGUAAUAAUAUCAUUCCACCUUGGUGUUCAUCAGAUAUGGCAGUGUGAACAAAUGUCUGUGCCUACCGGAAAUUGAGAAAAUGCUAAAUGACAACGCGCGAUAUUUUGAAAUAAAAAAUAUUAAAACAAUAAACUAGUUGGUUUUGUUGUUGUAUCAUACAAAUACAAAAUUAAGAUGGUUAUUGUUACCAGAAGUGCAUAUAAAAAGGCGAGUGAGAGCCUUAGCAGUAGCGACAUUUCAUGUAAUAAUAUCAUUCCACCUUGGUGUUCAUCAGGGAAAGUGAAUGUCCGGAGAAAAUCUCUAAAAGCCCCAUCGCCGACCUGGGAAGUCCACUCGUCGUUUCCUUUGCGGGAAAACAUUUGGGAGUACCUUUACGAAGAUAGGAGCGAACAAAACUGCUCUUGCAAAAGGAAUAGAAAAGCCCGCAAACAAAAGGAAAAAAACAAAAGAUGCGAAAAGACUACAGUUAUAAUGUGCACAUUUUUGUUCGUCACUGUGUCUAUGAUGGGCUCUUUAUGGCUGACGAACUCAAUCCCAAAACUUAAUGAUCUAACAAAACGAAUCAAAUAUGAAAAAUUCACUUCUUUAUUGGUCCCGAAUGUCCGUGGCGUGGUGGAUGAAGAAUGCUGUUACAGAAUGAGGUAUUUGGCUGCGGCACUGUCGCGCGUCGAGAAAACUCUCAGACACACUCUACGCCUACGAAAAGCCAUGAUGCUGACGUCACAGGCUAACAAAGCUGACAAUCGACUGAACGACGAAUACAUCCAAGCGUCGGGGGUGACAAUAGGCAGAAACACAGUCGAGUGGGGGGGGCUCGUGGCUCUAUGGGGCAUAGUCCCACUGUGGCGCGCCGCCCGCCCGCCUCAUACAAUCCUGGCUUUACGGAGGCCUACACCAGCCGACUGCUGGCCUUUCAGCGGAGCCCAAGGCGAACUGAGCGUGGCUCUGCCGGGCCCGCACAGAGUGCGGCGCGCCAGCAUCGAGCACGUGGCGCCUGACGCCGCCCGCAGCGCGCCCAGACACUUCAUUAUUUAUGGGAUUGCGGAAAACAAUACUUGGAUAAGGACCAUCAAGGCGGAAUACAGGAGUUCUGGUCCGCCUAAACAAUACUACUCAAUCGCGAGCGUAAUAGAUUUCAAACAAAUUGUUUUUAGAGUACUCUCAAAUCAAGGAAAUCCUAAGUACACUUGCUUAUAUAGAUUUCAUGUAUAUGGAGUGAAGAGUUUAAUACCUUAAUAAUUUCAAUAAAAAGGACAUGAACUAUGUAAUAUUUUGUAGCUUUAUAGUCCCUUCUAAAUAAAUACAAAAAUAAUAAGCAUUCUGUAAAUUGUAGUAUGGAUUGUACAGAUUGUAAAAGGUAACAAUUUUUUU